CAAUCACGUGCGGGUUGGGCUCCGCGGGGCGCGAGCGGCGGGGGCGGCGGCGGUGGCGGCGGCGGCGAUGGGACCCCGGCGAGAGAUCUGCGGCUAGACUGGCUGCACUUGCUCCACGGGUCAGGGGAUCGGAGGGGCAGGGUUGAAGAAUGUCCUGCUGAAAAGAACAGUUAAAAAGUAAAGAACCGCAGAGGACAAGGAGUUCAAAGCUGGGAAGAAUGAGUUCCUGUAGCAACAUCUGUGGGUCCAAGCAAGCACAGGCGCCUGCCGAGGGUGGGUACCAGCGCUAUGGUGUGCGGUCUUACCUGCACCAGUUCUAUGAAGACUGUACAGCCUCCAUCUGGGAGUAUGAGGAUGAUUUCCAGAUCCAGAGGUCACCUAAUAGGUGGAGCUCGGUAUGCUGGAAGGUCGGACUCAUCUCAGGCACAAUCUUUGUGAUUCUUGGAUUGACUGUGCUGGCAGUGGGCUUUCUUGUGCCUCCCAAAAUCGAAGCCUUUGGCGAAGCAGAUUUUGUGGUGGUCGACUCACAGGCCGUGCAGUUUAACAGUGCCCUCGACAUGUGCAAGCUGGCAGGGGCAGUGCUGUUCUGCAUCGGAGGGACGUCCAUGGCAGGGUGCCUGCCGCUGUCGGUGUUCGCCAAAAGCUACUCCAAAGAAGAGAAAUUCCUUCAGCAAAAGUUUAAAGAGCGAAUCGCAGAUAUCAAGGCCCAUACCCAGCCCAUCAGUAAAGCUCCAGGCCCAGGGGAGACAAAGAUUCCAGUUACUUUGUCCAAGGUUCAAAAUGUCCAGCCUCAGUCAGCAACCUGAGGCCUUUCGCACCCCAGCCAUCUCCCUUGUGGCUCACACACCUGGGGAAAAGGAGCGCUGGCUUCUGAGGUGACAACGAUUUGAUGGCAGCUCACCCAGGGCUGUUUGCCAAGGGGCACAGAGUGUGGACAGGAGCCCGUAUGUUCUUGGCCCCGGUGACUUUGGGGACAGCAGUGCCGCAGUCUCCUGCCUAGUGUAGUCAGCUGCUUUAGGCAGAUGCUCUGUGCCCACCAGGAGCCCCUCUGGAGCUUCUCUUUCAGAUUUCGUGAUCUUGUCUGGUUUCUGGUGGUGUUUAAAGUGCUCACUCAUUCGACCAGCUAACAUGGUCCGUUUUGUUUUCUGAUAGUUGGUUUUUCUACUCCCUCCUGCGUGGUGCUGUCUCCUACCGGUGUCUUUCUGUGUGUAAGAUAUUGUCGUGUUGUGGUCACAGAAACCUGGACUUCCCUGAUUUCGGUCUGAAGAUUAGUCUUUUAAUUACAUCUUAUCAUGAAGUUCCAGAGAUUAGACACAAAUGUUUCGAUGUUCUCCAUAAAUCUUUGUGUUUUCUUCAGAUUUUUUUCCAAUUUAAAAAACUAAAAUUGCCAACUUUAGAAUUUUGGUGAAAAAAACUAAUAUUGAAAGUAUACGUUUAUGCAGUACCUGAAAGCACUGUAUUUAAAACCCAAGAAAUUUGAAUUCGUACUACUAACUGGCCGUGUGAUUUGCAGGAAUCAUUUUGCUUCCUAAGUCUCAUCUUCCCUGUCUGCAUAAUGGGAAUCUAAGGACCUUCCCUUCUCAAAUACCUGCCAUUCAUUUCUGCUGAAUGUCUUCAAGCCUCUCCACCACGGAGGUUUGUUAUCCUGUGGUUGUCAUCACGAGGGUUGUUUUGUUUUUUGUUUUUUGUUUUUUGUUUUUUCAGAAUUGGACUCCUGGAAAUCACUGAGUUUGCAGUGUUCACACUAUGGACCCUUAAAUAGCAACUCCAGCAGUUUAUAUAAUGCUAUCAUAUUUUUAUAAAGACAACAGUCAGCAUCCUCAAGGAAGAAACCCCUCGAGGAUAUUAACCUGAAACGAGGUUUUUGCUCCUGAAGGUGUUUUAUUCCCCAGCAAGAUGCCUUUCUGAUGCCAUAUACUUUGAUUAGUCUGUGAAAUUAAGUUAGGCUAAAGAAAAGCAAAGGUAUGAUCUUAGUGUUCCAUCAGAAUAUGUGUCACCUUAGAGUUCUGUCUUUUUUUUCCUUCUUCCUUACUAAAUAAAUAAAAUACAUGAUUAAGACGAACCUGAAGUUCAUGGUCAUCCUUCACCAUGACUGUUUACCCUCUGAAGUGUAAUUUUCCAUCCUGACACUGAGUACAUCUGAUAUUUCCCUGGAUAAAUGGAGAAUAAAUGAAGCAAUUAGUGA